CUGUCUAUCAGUGUGGAAAUCCAUACUUUCCUUUGCGACAUUGUACGCGUCGCGCACCACCUAACAUCUCGUUAUAGCACCAACAACAUUUUGAUUACACCUUCCAUCCCCACAAACAAGCAUGUACGGAGAUCUUGCCAACAAGCUCAUCCUCGAUGCAAAGCGUACGACCAAUCUUUCGGCACUUCCGUUAUACCAAGGCGAUUUGGUCAAAGAUAUCAUCAAGGAAAUACAGGACCUCAACAAGGACGCAGAAUUCCUCGAAGAGCAGACAGACGAUGGAGACGAACAGCUCAAAAUCAACCAGUGUCAGCUCUUUGUUACCCAUUUGUCAAUGAGGCGAAACAAGCGGUGUUUAUUGGCGUACGAAAGGCUCAGGGCAGAGAAAGUGGCCGAGUUUGCAUGGCUCAACAUCGAUCCAAUAGGCGAUCCCAACGCCACCAAAAGCCAUACUACCAUUGCUGACAAUUACAUUUAUUCUAACUAUACCACACAGCUCUCGUUGGACAACUUGAACCAUGCGGAAGAGGAGUACUUCAAAGCGUACCAGGACUUGAUGUUAGAGUACAAAUCUGCAUUCGCCGACAUCGACUUGUCGGGAGACUUGGAGCCCCCCACGAACAUCUUCAUUGAUGUCAGGGUGUUGAAGGAUGGGGGAGAAGUGCAAACCGAGUACGGCUCCUUCAACUUGAUCAAGGACUCUCAGUUUUACGUCAGAAAAUCAGAUGUGGAGCGUUUGAUCCAACAAGGGUACCUCGAGGAGUUGUAACCGGUUCGCUGCUCCAUAUUAGCCUCCCAUCGACCGGUUUCCGCCCUCUGGUCUUAUAGAUCCCAUCUUAUGUAUCAUGACUGUAAUAAUGCACUAACGUACCAUGUAAGAUGCUGUAAUUUCCAAUCCCUGUCAACAUUAUUCAUCUUUUCCUGCUUCCUCGUUGUUGUCAUUCUUGAGAAGCUUGUCCAAUUGACCCAAUUGCUCGUCCAUUUUCUUUCUACCCAAGUUGGUGUUCUUUUGAUCAACACUGAUGGGCAAGAUCAUCACAUUAUCAUUAUUUUUAUCGUAGACUCCUAUGUUUUCGUCCAUGAACCUCAC